AUGGGCCGAGCACUGCCAGUGCUCGGGUUAGAGGAGUGCAAGACCGACAAGAGGAACACCAUCAGCCUCUUCUCUCCACGCUUCAGCAAACCACAGCCCAAUUCAGAAUUGUCACCAAACCGCCAUGGCACUCUUCCUGGCACAGUUCUUCCCUCCCUUAGCCGAGACGCCUCUAGGAAGCUUUCCCUGGACAGGUGUUUCCACAGCGCUCUGCCCCAACUGCAGUUCUUCUUACGUUAUUACGAAAGUGGCUAUAAUGUGUCUGGUUUCCCACAAAACCACACCUUUGAGGGCAGGGAAGCAGGGCCAGCCCAGGAACUUCCUCACAUCCACCAGCCUCCACUCGCUCAGAUCUUCCAGUUGGAAAGAACCCCUUCCCUGGGCUCCUGUUCCCCCACAGCGUGUGGGAGUCCUCACGACUCAGUCAGCUGGACUCGUAGAUGGUUCCUGGGUUGGAAGCUCCUGGAAGCGAUCUACAGGAAAGCCCCACCACCCUGGAAGUACAGGCGGGAAGGACUCCCAGAGCCUCCGCUGCGUGCGCAGAGCUGCUCCCCCGCCCUGGAAUCAGGUCCUCGGUACAGUGGGGGCCAUCCUGGAAGCGGUUGGUCCGUUCCCACUCUCACAGGGAAGCGGUCAGGCUGCACCACCGGAAGUGAGGUCUGUCAGUGGGUCCUGCAGCUGCCCUUUAUCAAUCUAUCCCCCCGCCCCCGCAGAGAGGACGCCUGGCCGCUCCUCUUUCCUGAGCCACCACCUCACAGCUGGACCACCGGGCACCCUGGCGUCACUGUGAGGGGCCUCCCCAGCCAGUCUUCCCGGAGCUCCACCUGGCUCCCAGCUCUCUCCUGCCCCAGAGCGUCCACGGUCCCGCUGCUCCGAGGUCAAAUCCAAAUCCACAGCGAGACCCUUGAGGCUGGACCACCUGUCCACCCUUCCCUUCUGCUGCGCCCUGCUGAGCUCCUGCCACACCAGGGCUUCUGCCCAUGAAGAUGGACACAAAAGUCUGCCCCAUGCUGACCUCUCCUGCCACUAAACCCGCCUCUAACAGGAAGCCUGCCCUCCCCGUUAGCUACAGUUGCCUCCCUCCUAUAGCUCUGCAUUUUUGCAUAUUAUCAAAACUGAUUUGGGUAGAAUUCUGCACUCAAGUGAAUGUUCUGAAAGGGCAGGCAUAUAUUUGUGAUCAUUCACUUACUCAGUCAACAAACAUGUCCAGUCCAGUGCACAAGCACUGUGCUGGGUGCUGGGUACUGGGAUGCAUCAGUAACUAAAAUGGGUUCCAACCACUUCAGAACCUUCCAGCCAGUGGGAAAUAAAGCAGCAGAUGAUGGGGGAAAAAUCACCCAGAAUCCCACCAAUGUAUUGGAGCAUUUCUUUCCAGUUUUAAAAAUGCAUAUAAUAACCUGCCUAAACUACCUGGAUGGGUACGUAUUACUCUACAGCCUUAUAGGUGAGGAAACUGAGACACAGAGAGCUUAAGUCAAAGGUCAAAGGAAUGGCAGGUCUGGAUUUUAACUCAGGCAGCCCAGCUCUGAGCCCGCUACCCUAACCCACCCACUACCUUUUAAAAAAUAUGAGUCAAGCUGCGUGUCCCUGUUGGAAACCCCAAAUUUUCACUUCUGCCUGACCUGUGUGGCCCCGUGGUUGAGUGUUGACCCCUGAACCAAGAGGUCCCUGGUUUGAUUGGUUUGAUUUCCUGUCAGGCAUAUGCUCAG